CGCGCCCAUCUCGUUGUCUGAUGGCCGGAUGAGAAGCGGAGCGAGCGGAGGAGAGCGGCUCCUUCAAGGAAGGCAACGGGGAAGCGGAGUCAGACAGCCGGAUUUACACCGCCCGAAUCCCGCCUUACGGACCUCCGCGACCGGCGCUUUGUGUUGCGGCUGAACGGUGUGCUCGAGAGCUUCCAGAAGCGGGCUGUGUUCUGGUUCUGGAGCGUUUUAUUUCUGAGAUCUGGACUGGUUUGUGAGGACCGAGCCUAGUUGGGUUUAGUUUAGCUUAGCGAGCUAGCUCGUCUUGUUGCUCGUCGUUGAUGCGUGGAUUUGACAGCUGCACAGUCGGGUUUAUUCGGUCAAUGCCAUAUAACGUUAAAACAAGGCCAGCUCCCACUGAGUACAGAUCAAAGUGUGUCCCGACAGCAGGAGAGAGGAAGAGCUUUAGAAGAAGAAAAUGAGUGAACUGGACCAGUUACGCCAGGAGGCUGAGCAGCUCAAAAACCAGAUCAGAGAUGCGAGGAAAGCCUGUGCAGAUGCCACACUAUCACAGAUCACAGCCAACAUCGACCCUGUUGGCCGAAUCCAGAUGCGCACAAGGCGAACGCUGAGAGGACAUUUGGCUAAAAUCUAUGCCAUGCACUGGGGCUCUGACUCCAGGCUGCUGGUUAGUGCAUCCCAGGAUGGUAAACUCAUUAUUUGGGACAGCUAUACCACAAAUAAGGUCCAUGCCAUUCCUCUGCGCUCAUCCUGGGUGAUGACCUGUGCCUACGCUCCCUCAGGGAACUACGUGGCCUGUGGAGGCCUGGACAACAUCUGUUCCAUCUACAGUCUGAAGACUCGCGAGGGUAAUGUGCGCGUCAGCCGUGAACUGGCUGGACACACAGGUUACCUGUCAUGCUGUCGCUUCGUUGAUGACAACCAGAUCGUCACGAGUUCUGGCGACACCACCUGUGCUCUCUGGGAUAUAGAGACCGGUCAGCAGACGACCACUUUUGCCGGCCACACCGGAGACGUGAUGAGCCUGUCCCUGGCACCCGACACCAGGACCUUCGUGUCGGGGGCCUGCGAUGCCUCUGCUAAACUGUGGGAUGUGCGCGAGGGCAUGUGCAGACAGACCUUUACUGGGCAUGAAUCUGACAUCAAUGCCAUCUGUUUCUUCCCUAACGGUAAUGCUUUUGCCACCGGCUCGGACGAUGCCACCUGCCGCCUGUUUGACCUGCGCGCCGACCAGGAGCUGAUGGUUUAUUCCCACGACAACAUCAUCUGUGGCAUCACCUCCGUAGCCUUCUCCAAGAGCGGCCGCCUCCUGCUGGCUGGAUACGAUGACUUCAACUGCAACGUGUGGGACAGCCUGAAGGCCGACCGUGCUGGUGUGUUGGCUGGCCAUGAUAACCGCGUGAGCUGUCUGGGCGUGACCGAUGACGGCAUGGCCGUGGCUACAGGGUCCUGGGACAGCUUCCUCAAGAUCUGGAACUGAACUCUGAAGGUGCUUUCAACACAACAUGUCCCACACAAUGUCAUUUGAACUCCAAAGUUGACUGGAAGACCAUUCCAACUUUAGAAUGUUAAAAUUCACAGCAUCGUCAACAAGAACACCUUAUAAAACUGACUCAGACACCACCACGAAAAAGAGAAAACGAAAAAAAAAAAACUUCUAAGGGAAAACGAUGCCUUUCCUACACAAAGAAGAGCACAAUUUGUUUUAUCACCUACCGUAAAAAAGAAAAGAAAAAAAAAAGAAGAAGAAUUCCUGUGGUAUCAAAUGAAUAACUUUGUGCAUUCCCUUUUCGGACCAUUCUGUGUCACCCUGUAAGAGAAACUAGAAACACUAUCAUCCCACGCUUGUGUAUCAUGUGUCUAGAAAGCAAAUGUUUGGAGUGUAAUUGUACAAAUUAUUUAACUUUCUUUCGUUCUUUUAAAGAAAAAAAGUUCUUUUAUCAAGUUGAUGGUUAUACUUUUUUUUUUGUUUUUCAUAUAUAAAUAUAAGUUUUCCUGUUUUUUUUUUUUUUUAUUAUUUUAUUUUCGAUAAGUUCCUAAUAGUUUUAGGAAAAUCUUAAUCCUGUAAAACCGUGCGUGAGAAAGUUUAAGACUUAAGAAUAAGAUGCGUUUUAAAAAAAAGUGUAAAAGGCUGAAUUUUUAGAAUUUAGAUCCAGAAGGAAGAGCAGCUUUUUCUGAAGAUGCCAAUCAUGCAUUUUUAUUUUAUUUUUAGUUUGUUUGUUGUUUUUGUUCUUAUUCUGUAAAUGGUGCACUAGAUUGCUCUAGAGAGCGAGCGCGCGAGAGCGAAUGAAUGAACGAGUGAAUACGUGAAAAUAAGUGAAUGAAUGCAUGAGUGAUUAAGUGUGAAUAAUUUUGAAUGCGUGUAAAAGUAGUCUUCUUCUUCUUAUUCAUGAGCGCGACUUAAGAUGCCGUGCGAGGAAAUCGUGCGAGGCUCUCGCUUGUGAAAAUCACGAUUCGCGUCGUCGGGCGGCGAAAGCGAAAGCGACGGCCCCGAGCAGCUUUCACUUCUUGAACUGUUCACCUUGUUAAACCGAGCUGUUUUCUGAGCUGUCAGCAAAAGACUGGGUAAUAAGAACAGCCUUAGUUUUCUAAACCUGUUAAUCAUCUUCAUCAUUCUCUUCUUCAUCUUCAUCACCGUCUGUCUAUCUGUGCAUUAGUUAACCUUGGAUGUGAACACACCGGUUCUGUUCUUCACCGAAGAGAAAAACACCAUAGAGACGCCAUAUCUGUCUUUGAGAGAUUUUACCAUUUUCUGAGUCUUGAGGUACUCUCGCGUCAUUUAUCUGAAAAUGGCUGCUUGUAAAUAUGAGUAUCCGACUUGCACGCGAAUGCAGCAUUAUUAUAUCCUAGCUAAUUUUUCUUUUCCUGUCUCGUCACAGCUUCGUUUGCACAAUAAGAAACUUGACUAAUGUUUUACGCGUUAACUAACCAAGCACACACACACACACACACACACACACACACACACACUUAAAAAAAAAAAAAAAAACGUUAAUCACAUUUGAAUGCUUUGAAUAAUUUUAACAGUGAAAAAAUUCACACACUUAAAAAAAAAAAAAAAUGAACCUUUUCAAUUUUCAAUCCAGUCUUCUCUAUUUUCAUAGAAUUCAUUUCUAUGAUAUGUUUCUUAUUAAAACUAACCUCAAUGUUUUUUUUUCUUUUUUCUGGUCUUACUUUUAUUUUAUUUCUAUUAUUAUUAUUUUAUUUUUUCUCUUAUUUGUAUCAGAGCUGAUUUUGGCUUUUCCAUUCAGUCCAGGUUUAUGGUUUAUAAUGAGGUUGGACUUUCAAAAUGAUAUAUGAUAAAUGAUGAAUUAAAAAUGAUUAUAUGUGUGGGUCAGAAGGAUUGAGCGAUUUUGUAUUUUUUAUUUUUUUUUUAGUUUUAAUUUUAUUUUUUCUUUAUAUAUAAAUAUAAUAUAAAGUAACGCCCACUUUCACUUUCAGACGACGGAUCUCUCUCUCCCCGUUUGUGCUUGGAAAUACAGUUAAUAAUCUGUGAAUGAAAUGUUGUACAAAUCAGUGUCUGAAAAUGAUGAUUCUUAAAAUUUAAGCGUUUAGCUUUUUAUUAUUAUUAUUAUUAUUAUUAUUAUUAUUAUUAUUAUUAUUUCAUCUGCCAUGAAGUAAUGUAGUCGCAUGCUGUAGAAAAAUGCUUAAGCAGGUGCACUUUUUUUUUUUUUUUUUUCAUUUUUAUUUUCUUCUUUUCGUAUUUUUUUUGUUUUUAGUUUUAUUUUAUUCUCUUUUUUUUUUAUCUUUUUUUUUUUUAAGGCCCGCUGGUCUCUUUCUCUGCGAGGGUGGAGAAAUUGAUUUAUAUAAAAGAAAUGAAAUCCUUUAACGGUUGAAGCAUAAAUCCAGUCGUUUUUUGCCAUGCUGUAUACAUCCUUUACUUUUACUGGCAAAGCUAUGCACCCAAGUUGAAAGAGAAAGCUGAAAGAGAAAGGACUACAUAUUUACUGCAGACUUCCUCUCGGCCCCGCCCUCCUUAUCGUGAGCUCCUGUAAUGAUUCCUAAUGAGAAAACAAUAUUAACAAUAUUUUCUGUUCUGAAACUUGAAGUUUAAUACUGUUUCUCUCUCUUUUUUUCCUUUUUUAUUAUUAAAUCAUGUGAUUUUGGGGUCAAACUUUGAAUGGAACCGAGGCAGAUAUUCGUCCAAACAAACUCGAACCCAAACUCUCUAAUUCUGGUUUCCUCAAAUUAUUAUUAUUAUUAUAAUUAUAAUAAAGUCACGUCAUAAAACGGCAUCUGUAACGUCAGAUUGUUCAGUUUUCUCCCCCACUGUAAACAGAUGCACUUUCUUUAAUAGUGGUGACAUUUUUUUUUAUUUUUACUCUUUUAUUUUUCCCUUUCUCUCUUUCUCUCUGCGAUAAUGUACAAUAAUUGUGAUGUAUUUGUGUGUGCUGCCACCAGUAAAGAUUAAUUGCAGUUGAAUUAAAACGGAUUCCCCCCUUUAUUUUCUCAUCAUUAAUAAUUGUAGAGCUCGGCACUCCUUCUCUCUCACCUUUUUUGUAUUUAAUUUCGGUCUGUCGGUGUACCACAGAAAGCUGGAUGCAAGAUAGAUACUAUAUUAAAAUGUACUGUUAUUUAAGAUGUAAUAAAAAGAAGUUUGAGAUGUC